GCGAUGUGAGUCUUUCAGGCGACGCUGCAAGCGUGACGUAUAAUCUAGUGGACUUCAGGAACAGCUCGCCAACCACCCCGGUAGCUUGCUAGCCAACAUAGCCGAAAGAUUCCAGCUAUUUAUACGCUUUCGGUGUAUAUUACCUACUGUGUUUUAGACACACUUCUGUCAUAUCUACUUGUUAAACUAUUUAAUAUUACGUUAUUUUGUAUUAGUCAGCUAUAGUAGUUUGCUGGUUAAGUUAGCACUAGCCUAGUCACUAAUGAUAGCUAGCUAGCUAUCAUCCCUGAACAUGAGCUCCCUAAACAUCUCUCCUGUUGAAGAAGAGGAGGUCUGCUGGACGGAGAAAGAAACUCUGGGGCUGAACAUUGUUGUGAAAGAGGAGAAGGAAGAAGAGAAUGUCACAGUUAAACAAGAGGUAGAGGGUGAGGCUGUUACAGUGAAAGAAGAAGAGGAAGACGUUUCAGUGAAAGAAGAGGAGGCAGAGAAAGAGGAUGCAGUUUUUGGAGUGAAGAAGGAAGGGGAGAUUACAGUCACAUUGAAAGAUGAAGAUGAGGAGAUGGGAGAUCUGAUUAACACCAGAGAGAUACCAGACUCUGACAGCAGGAAGAGUCCUUCAGGGGAACCAGACCCAGAGACACCCAAACCAGCGAGACGACACCACUGCUCCCACUGUGAAAAGAGUUUUCGCUGGUUAGGGAAUCUAAAGCACCAUGAGAGGACACACACAGGAGAAAAGCCAUACCACUGCUUCCAAUGUGAAAAGACAUUUUCCGGAACAGGGGACUUAAAAGCUCAUGAAAGGACACACACGGGAGAAAAGCAUUUCCAGUGUUCCCAGUGUGGAAAGAGUUUUACUGUGUUAAAUAACCUGAAAAGGCAUGAGAGAAUACACAAAGGAGAAAAGCCUUUUCAAUGUUCCCUGUGUGGAAACAGUUUUACCCUGUUAGCUAAUCUGAAAAGGCAUGAGAGAAUACACACAGGAGAAAGUCCUUAUCACUGUUCCCACUGUAGAAUGAGUUUUAUUCAGUUGGCAAGCCUGAAGGCACAUGAGUGGACACACACAGAAGAAAAGCCUUUCCAGUGUUCCCAGUGUAGAAAGAUUUUUACCCUGUUAGCUAACUUGAAAAGGCAUGAGAGAAUACACACAGGAGAAAAGCCUUACCAUUGCUUCCAUUGUGAAAAGAGGUUUUCCCGAUCAGGGGACCUAAAAGCUCAUGAGUGGACACACACAGGAGAAGAACCUUUCCAUUGUUCCCAGUGUGGAAAGCGUUUUACCGUGUUAGCUAACCUGAAAAGGCAUGAGAGAAUACACACAGGAGAAAAGCCUCAUCACUGUUCCCACUGUGGAAUGAGUUUUAUUCAGUCAAGGAGCCUGAAGGAGCAUGAGUGGACACACACAGGAGAAAAACCUUUCCAAUGUUCCCAGUGUGGAAAGAGUUUUAUCGUGUUAAGUAACCUAAAAAGGCAUGAGAGAAUACACACAGGAGAAAAGCCAUUCCAAUGUUCCCAUUGUGGCAACAGUUUUACUCAGAGAGGGCACCUACAAGAGCAUGAGAGAAUACACACAGGAGAAAAGCCUUACCACUGCUCCCAGUGUAAAAAUAGAUUUUCCCGAGUAGGGGACCUAAAAGCUCAUGAGAGGACACACACAGGAGAAAAGCCUUUCCAAUGUUCCCAGUGUAGAAAGAGUUUUACCGUGUUAGCUACCCUGAAAAGGCAUGAGAGAAUACACACAGAAGAAAAUCCAGGCACCGAAGACGUGGAUGUUGAUUAAGGCAACCCCUCGCACCUCUCUGAUUCAGAGGGUUUGGGUUAAAUGCGGAAGACACAUUUCAGUUGAAUGCAUUCAGUUGUACAACUGACUAGGUAUCCCCCUUUCCCUUUGCCUAUAGAGCUCUGCUAUAAAUAUGAGAGCAAGAUUAGAUGUUAGGGUCUGCAUUAUUAUUAUUAUUAGGGCACCCAUCAAGUUAAGAAAUUAUGAAAUGUUCUGAAAACUGACUUCAGGUUUUUGAGGAAUCUAGUCUCGCAGGAAGACAGUUUUAUUUUAUGAAGGUUUAAUUCAGUUCUCUUCUUAGUAUUUAACUAAAUACUCUGUCUUUGGUAUGAGAGGGACUAGACUUAUUACUGUUCCCACUGUGGAAUGAGUUUUCAGUUAGGGAGCCUGAAGGAGCAUGAGUGGACAAACACAGGAGAGAAGCCUUACCACUGCUCCCAAGGUAAAAUAGAUUUUCACGAGUCGGGGACCUAAAAGCUCAGGAGAGGACACACAGGAGAAAAGCCUUUCCAAUACUCCCAGUGUGGAAAUUGUUUUGUCUGGUUAAGGAGUCUGAAGGAGCAUAAGAAGACACACCAAAAAAGCUCGACCACUCCUCUCUCUCUGUGUGGAAGGACAUUUUCCCAGUCACAGAACCUGAAAUCACAUGAGAGAAUAAAGUUGCUGUGUUCUGACUUAUAUUUUUGACUGAGAAUUUGUGUUUUUGUUUAUGCCACAUGAAAUCAUAUUGUUUAUGAUUAAACCUGUCCCACAGUUGGUCCCACAGUUGACAAUGUCCAUCAGAGCAAACACCAAGCAAUGAGUUCGAAGAAAUUGUCAAUAGAACUCCGAGACAGGAUCGUGUCGAGGCACAGAUCUGGGGAAGGGUACCAAAAAAUGUCUGUAGCAUCCAGAGCUCCUCUGUGGAGACGGGAGAACCUUCCAGAAGGACAACCAUCUCUGCAGCACUCCACCAAUCAGGCCUUUGUAGUAGAGUGGCCAGACGGAAACCACUCUUCAGUAAUAAGAACAGGACUGCCCGCUUGUAGCCAAAAGGCACCUAAGGACUGAACUCUUUGGCCUGAAUGCCAAGUGUCUCGCCUGGCGUAAAGCAUGGUGGUGGCAGCAUCAUGCUGUGGGGAUGUUUUUCAGCGGCAGGGACUGGGAGACUAAUCAGAAUCGAGGGAAAGAUGAACGGAGCAAAGUACAGAGAGAACCUUGAUGAAAACCUGCUACAGAGAACUCAGGACCUCAGACUGGGGCAACGGUUCACCUACCAACAGUACAACAGCCUUAAGCCCACAGCCAAGACAACGGCGGAGUUGCUUCAUGACAAGUCUCUGAAUAACCUUGAGUGGCCCAGCCAGAGCCCAGACUUGAACCCGAUCGAACAUCUCUAGAGAGACCUGAAAAUAGCUGUGCAGUGACGCUCCCCAUCCAACCUGACAGAGCUUGAGAGGAUCUGCAGAGAAGAAUGGGAGAAACUCCCCAAAUAAAGGUGUGCCAAGCUUGUAGCGUCAUACACAAGAAGACUCAAGGCUGUAAUCGCUGCCAAAGGUGUUUCAACAAAGUACGUAGUAAAGAGUCUGAAUACUUAUGUAAAUGUGAUUUUUCCGUUUAUUUUAAUAAAUUAGCACAAAUUUUUUUUUAAACAUGUUAUGGGGUAUUGUGUGUAGAUUGAGUAUUUUUUAAAUCCAUUUUAGAAUAAGGCUGCCAUGGUAACGUAACAAAUGUAGAAAAUUUGAAGGGGUUUGAAUACUUUCUGAAUGCACUGUAGGAGCAGUACAGACCUAGUCUGUUCAUUAUAUACAUCUACAUGAUGUAUUGUUACACCAUGUAGGAGCAGUAUAGACCUAGUCUGUUCAUUAUAUACAUCUACAUUAUAUAUUGUUACACCAUGUUGGAGCAGUAUAGACCUAGUCUGUUCAUUAUAUACAUCUACAUGAUGUAUUGUUACACCAUGUAGGAGCAGUAUAGACCUAGUCUGUUCAUUAUAUACAUCUACAUGAUGUAUUGUUUAAUUCUCAAAAAGAAGGUGUCUCCCAUGUUUUCAAUACUCCAGCACCCUCCCCUUGAGAGGAUAACGACACUGAAAUGUUUUAUGAGAUUAGAGAACACAUUGCGUGGGAUCUUAGACCAUUCCUCCAUACAGAAUAUCUCCAGGUCCUUGAUUUAUUUUGUCUGCGCUUGUGGACUGCCCUGUUAAAUUCAAACCACAGGUUUUCAAUGGAGUUCAAGUCCGAAGACUGAGAUGGCCAUUGAAAAGGUUGAUUUUGUGCCCAACUAACCAUUUCUUCGUGGAUGUUGAUGUGUCUUGCUGGAAGAUCAAUUUAUGGCCAAGUUUCAGCCUCCUAGCAGAGAGGUAACCAGGUUUUGGGCCAAAAUAUCCUGGUAGUGAGUAAAGUUUAUUUAUUUUAUACAGUCAUUUUUGCUAAUCUUUAUUAAGGGUAUCAAUAGCUAGGUGCUUAUUUGAUAUCUAGUUAUUUAACUGAAUCAGGAAUACAGAUAUGGAGUAGAUGUAGAGUUUGUUUAAAAUUCUCAAAAAUCUGAACUAAUCAAACAACACUUGUUGCUCUUUGUACGUGUUGAUAUAAUAUUUUUAUUUAAUAGAGAGAAAAACGUUUCCCUAAACUGCUUUAUAAUAUUAUAAUUCAAUGAAGAAAUAAAAAAGUUUUCCCUCCUCAACUGCGUUUCCUCCCUCCAGACAGUAGAUGGCGAUAUGUGUCUUUCAGGCGAUGUUUCUACUGUGACGUAUAAUCUAAUGGACGGAAGGCUUCUUCAACAACUGCAGCCACCUCGUUAGCUCCGUAGCCAACAAAGUCAGAACGUUCAAGUUCUUUAGACAAUUUCAUGGUUUUAUUUGCCACUAUGAUUUAAACAUACUUAUGUGGAAACAACUAGCUUCCGCAUUUAAUUUAAUAUUUUACGUUGUAAGUCAACUAGCUGGCUUGUGUGAGGAUUCUGUGUUAUGCAACAUAGCUGACUUGAGACAUUGUUAACAGUUUCAGGGCCAUGGGUCUUUCUCAUGAUGGAAAAAUACAGAAUAACAUGAAGACAGGAACUGUGCAAUGAGUUGGGGGGGGCACAUUCAGAACGUAGUGUUGCGAGAACAAACUGUCUUUUGUUAGAUAACAGGAGCCAGGUGCGUGGUAACUGUAUCGAGCAUGGGUGCAUAGAUAUUCUACAACGACUGACCGCUAAAGCGUCUAGGGGGGUGGGACCAGCUCUGGCGCCAACAAUCAACGAUAGGCUGAGUGAGUUUAAACCACGCCCAGUCUCUACUCUGACAGGCCGGCUCAGAAGUAGUUCCUGCUUCCGUCAGAUAAUAUUAUAAUAUCUUUGUCAGGAACAAGUCAGUUCUCUGUUUGCCCUGCGAGGUGGGACAGAGAGCCCGUAUAUACGAAAAUUGCAUUUACUACUUAUUGCUUAGCUAAUAAAAAGUACAUAGUAUACAA